GCACUUUUAUCAUUUUUUGUUUUUAAUUCGGGAAUCUAACAUGAUAUAUAAUGGGACUGUUAUUAACAAAGAUAACUACAUUAAACACAAUUUUAAUAAAAUAUACUGCAAAAUAUCAGUUUUGCUUUUCCCCUGUCGCUGUAGUUGUAUCUGUUUAAGCACAUUUGUGUUUUCAUAAUAGUAAAAGCAGUUAAGACUCAUGAACAUGACCGGGCAAUGCAUUUUGGAACUUGUAUUCUUUAGAAAUCGAGGCUACCAAUUAAAAACAAAACGGUGAGUCUUCAGAGAACUUCAAUACCCAUGAACCCUCGCUCCAAGCACCGUGAGAGUGGCUCAGCAGUGCCUCCCUCAAUACCGCAAGGGAAAAAAAACAUCAUUUGUAGGGAGAAGAAAAAGCGCUAAAGAAGCUGCACAAUUGAAAGAAAAGAUUAGUGCAACGAACCAGUGAGAAGUACACUUGUAUGUCCCAGGAUUUGUCCCCUAAAUGUGAUCAUUACCCAGCGGCUCAAACGGACUUCGUAAUUGGGACAACCUCGUAACCGAGUGCGAAUCGACGCUCCAGCGGGAGCCGCUUGACCAGUGCACGCUGGGAGCGGCACGGAGCCUUAUGUGCAAAUGCACAACGAGAGGAUGGCACUUUCUGGAGACUCACUGUCCUUAAAAAUGGAGGGAGCAGCCUCUGAGAGUCGAGUUGCCAUCAUGGUCCUCAUGUCAGCAAUUGAGUCUAUGUGCAAAGAGCUGGCCAAGUUAAAGGCAGAGGUGGCUUGCAUCACAAUUUUCAAUGGUGAGGUGUUUUCAGUUGGUACAGACCGUGGCCGUGCAUAUGCAGACUUGAGAAAAGAUUUUCAGAAUGAUUUUAUAAACUAUUGUUUGUCAGAAGAAGGUGCAUUAGAGCAGUCUGUUCCAGCUCCAUCUACAGCUGAAACUUCUCCUCAUGAUGCAGACACACUCAAGAAGAUGGUGGAUGACUACUUUUGCAUAUGCUAUGGUAAAGCUUUAGGGAAGCCUGGCUUAGUUCCCGUGCCUUAUGAGAGAAUUGCAAAAGAUCCCCUAGCUGUUUCAAUUCAGGGCCUGCCUGAUGGUGUUCGCUUUAAAGACCCCAUUGGAUACGAUUAUAACAGUCUGAGUCAGAUCUUCAAGAAUAAGUCCCGUAUCACCUUUGAGAUUAAAAGGCCUUUCUUGGAAACAAGGACACAGAAAGGAGAGCCAUCCAGGAAAACUCCAGACAAUGUGGAAGAUGUAAGCUCCCUAUUUAACAUUGAAACUGUGCAAGUGAAGGCAGAAGCUGAAGAAGAAGAAGAAGAGGAAGGUUCAAUGGAAAUAUCUUCAGUUACAAUAAAAGAAGAAACAGAAGAAUCAAACUUCAUCCCGUUCCCAAUAGCAGCCGUAAAUGAACGUUAUACUACUAGCAGCAGGAUGGGCAGUAUCAUCAAGGACAAAAAUCGCUCUGGAAAAGCAGCAGAAGAACAUUUAUUGGAUACCCGUACAUGCGACAUCCUCACAUAUCCAAUUCAGUCGCAAAAGGCAAAUGGGGUCAGGAGGAAGAGGAUUGUGCUAUCAAUAGAUGACAAGCUAGAAAUAAUCCGAUCUCUCAAGCAAGGAACCAAAGCCAGUACCCUGGCCCAAAGGUAUGGUGUUGGCAGUUCUACCAUCUCUGACAUCAAGAAGUCUGAGGCUCAGCUUCAGGCAUUUGCUUUUAGAAUGAAGUUCACUCCCAGUGGCAGAAAGCGCAAGGUGAUGAGAGCAGGUGAUGACCAAGUUCUGGAGGAGGCACUUUAUAAGUGGUUUCUUCAACAAAGACUCCUUGGAGCGCCCAUCUCAGGAUCCUUAAUGAUCCAGAAAGCUAAGCAGUUGAACUCUCAGAUCAAUGGCAGUAAUUCAAAAUUCCGUGCUAGUAGCCGCUGGCUCUACAACUUUAAACAAAGGCAUGGGAUACGUUGCCAACGAAUUGCCAGAGAAAUGUCGGCCUCUGAAUCCUGGGACUUUGUUAAACAAAACUUAAACAAUAUAGUUGUACAGAAGGGUUUAUUAAGAGAGCAAGUUUAUACUUGCGAUGAGACAGGAUUGGCAUGGCGUUGUUUGCCACUGACUGGACGAGACAGACCCCUUGAUAGAGUAUCACUUCUUGCCUGUUCCAAUGCAUCUGGACUUCACAAAUUAAGUCUGACCUUGGUUGGCAAAACAAUUAAACCCAGAUGUUUCAGAAACAUCGACAUUACUGCUUUGCCCAUUCGGUAUGUUUACGAAAACAAUGGCUGGAUGACCUGUGAACUUUUCAAAGACUGGUUUUUCAGUGAGUUUGUCCCAUCUGUGAAAGACCACUUGCUGGAUAAAGGCCUUCCACCAAAGGCUCUCUUGGUGCUUGACUUUGCUCCUUGUCAUCCUAAUGGCACUUAUCUACAAACAGAGGACUCCAACUUUUCUUGUCUUUUCUUACCAGUUGAUAGUAUGCAUCAGCAUCCCAUGGCCCAAGGAAUUAUUACCAACCUUAAAAUGCGUUUUCGAUUGCUUCUUCUGCAAAAGGUACUAUCUUCAACCUCCAGCUCAGGAAAUGCUGAGAAGUUCAUGAAAGUGCUAACUUUAAAAGAUGCUGCAGAUUUAGUGGCUGAAGCCUGGGAGGAAGUUCAACCAAGUACACUUAAAGCUGCCUGGGACAGGUUGUGGCCAAGCAACCAAGAAUCUUCAGAUGCCAAGACCAGUGAGGAUAUUUUGCCAUCCACUGUACAAAUCACCUCUUUGGUGUCACAACUGAAAGGAGUGGCGCAACCGGACCCAAAAGAUAUUGAUACGUGGCUGAAUGUAGAUUUAAAUGAUCCAGGUUUUGAACUGUCAGCUGAUGAGGAGCAAGCCAGUUGAAACAAUCAGCUUUAUAACACUAAAAACAGCAGCAUGAGCAUAUAAGAAAAGAGAUUUCAAUUAGAAGAUUAUCUUAGAUAACAUUUAGAUGCUUACAAGGGAUUCAUACCUCUAUUUUUGCAGUUUACCUGACAUUUAUUUCACUCAAGUUAAUUAUGGAAAAAACAGCACAGAAGGGUUUAUUAAGAGAGCAAGUUUAUAGCUGUUUUGAGACAGUGAAUUUAAAACAGGCUAUUAGUAAGAAACAAGAAUCUAGCUGAAUUUGUUGUGAUCUAAAGAGGCUGAUGUCCUGUUACUGUUCGAUAACCUUUUAGAAGUGCUUAGAUGUCUGUGAUAGUUUUUGCUUUUUUUCAUUGAAUUUAUUUUUUGUCAUUUUUUAUUUUUAAGUUGAAAAGAGAAUAACAAACAUAACAGUAAAAUAACCUAACCUGCCUAACAUACCUGAUUUCACACUGAGACAAGGGGUGAAAAUUAUACUUAUUCCCAGAAGACUGGUGGGAAAAGGGAUGAUUGGACUACACUAGCAAACUUAAAAACAGAAUAUCCAGAAAGAGUUUCAGGGGCUGAAGAAAACCAGGAUUUAAACAACUCUGCAUUAGUCAUCCGACUUUCAGUUUAAUUUUUGGAGGCAUCAUUAAUCCGUGAUGUAGAUAAUUCAAGAUGGAUUAAAUUAUAGAAGGAGAACUAACAAAUGUUAGCAAUAGCACCUCCAUUGGGAAGCAAGAAGUAAUUUGGCUGCCACAGUACUAAAACACUGUAAUAUACAUUGAUUUGGACUAAGUAGAAGUAUAUAAAGAGCUAAAGAAGGAAUAUUUAAUGUAACAAUGGAAUAUUUAGAGAAAAAAGAAAAUAAUAAGUGACAUAAGUGAGACCAUACUGAAAAGAAAGGAAGACAAUACCAGAAUAUAAGGAGGAAAAGUGCCAGGUAAACCAAGGGAAUAUAAUUGGCAGAGGAUCAGGAGUUUGGCACAUUAGAUGAUGUUUAUAGGGAGUAGGAUAAUGUUCAGAAAUCUGAAUUGGGUAUGGUAGUUGGCGCUUCUGAGCAAAUGUUUUAGGCAGGUGUGAAAAAAUGCUGUAAACUAAGAAUGCUUCCACUAAUAGAAAUGUUAAUAGUUUAUUUUUAGCAAUUAACAAUGCAAAGUGA